AUGUUGAUGCGAGAAUUCCUAUUCAGUCGAAGCAGUCCGGGUAAACUGAGUCAAAGCGAUCCAGCCCACUCCACGUCCGCCAAAAUUCACAAGCUUCAAGCACUGUUUAUGAUUCAGUCUUCAGGAUCCCCAGAACCCAUUGCAACGCACCUUCCCACGAAUCCCACUAGCACAAUGAUUUCGCUCGCCGGCAAAGUCAUCUCCGUUACUGGCUCUGCCUCGGGCAUGGGCCUUGCAACAGCCAAAGCUCUUUUCGCCCGCGGCGCCACCACCGCCGUUGACAUUCGCGAAUCGUCGCAGGUGGACUCCUGGAUCGAGAAGACGAUCUCGCACUUUGGACGCUUAGACGGCGCAGCUAAUAUCGCUGGGGUGUUGGGCAAGAACUUCGGUGUUCAUAUUCUUGUACAAUUGAGCAAUGAGUGGGAGUUUGUCACGAGGACAAAUUUCACGGGACUGUUUUAUUGUAUGAGGGCGCAGUUGAGGGUGCUGAAUGACGGAGACGCCGUGGUAAACGCGCCGAGUACGACAGGGUUAGAGGGGCAUCCGAAAAAUAGCCCGUACUCGGCGACUAAGCAUGCAGUCAUUGGGUUGAGUCAGAGUGCGGCCGGUGAGGUGGGAGGGAGAGGAAUCCGGGUCAACUGUGUUGCGCCCUGCCACAAGUACAGAGGUAUAUUCAAUACGCCGAUGGUGGCAGGCUUGGGUGGAGUGGAAUCUGCAAAGUUGGAAAUGUUCAAUCGGGUGCCGCUCUCCAGGAUAGGCCAGCCAGAGGAGGCCGCCAGUGUUCGGGCAUUCCUAUUGAGUGACGGGGCUAAGUACAUAACCGGCUCCGUAUACACCAUCGAUGGAGGAAUGCUGGCGUAA